AGGGGCAGGCGGGACGGUCCAGCCGUGCUGCGGUAUGAGAGUACGUGGUCAUCAGUUCGCAAUGGACCCUUACAUAAUCGAUUUCCGUUUUCAUUAGGUCUUGCUGUCUGUCGUUCGUAGUCAGGUCCACGGGAGACACGACAGCGCGCUCCUCGCCGGCCGUCAUGUCCCGGGGGUUUGACGAUCACGAGAUCUGAGGCUGCAGACGAAGAAAACUUUCCACCUGCGAUUCUUUAAAGAAACGAAACCAACUCGAUACGAUGCUCUGGUGAAACGUCUGUUUCAGGACAUCCUGCAUCUACGUUGUCAAAACGAGUAGUUUGCGGUUUGUGUUGUUUCUUCCUAAAAGCGGAAGUUACAUACCGCUUUUCGAUUGGCGUCGCCGCCGCUGUUGUUCAUAAGGGCAGGUUCCUGUUUUUCAGACCAUGGCAAACGAGCACUCUCCUCUUCUUGUUCACGGGGUGUACAGCAUGAUGGGUGAUGCUGAAGACUCCAGGGCCAGACCAGCAGAGACAGGAGAGGCAUCCCCCAAAUCAAACCCCCGUAAACUCAACACCUUCUUUGGCGUCAUGGUGCCCACCAUCCUCUCCAUGUUCAGUAUUGUGCUCUUUCUUCGCACGGGUUUUGUUGUGGGUCAUGCUGGUCUUCUCCACGGCCUCUUAAUGCUGUUUGUGGCCUACUUCAUCAUCUCCUUGACAAUCCUGUCUAUAUGUGCUAUUUCAACUAAUGGUGCUGUGGAAGGAGGCGGGGCCUACUUCAUGAUCAGUCGUUCUCUGGGUCCAGAGUUUGGAGGCAGUAUCGGCCUGAUGUUUUACCUGGCGAAGGUAUGUGCGUGUGGCGUUUAUGUACUUGGUCUGGUGGAGGCCAUACUGGACGUCUUUGGCAAGGAUCCAGGCUCUGCUGUGUCACAUGACCUGCGUGUUUUGCCACAGGGUUACUGGUACACCGUGCUGUACUCCUCUUUAGUGCUGUUGCUAUGUCUGGUGGUGUGUCUGGUUGGUGCUCACAUCUACGCCAAAGCCUCUUUUAUCAUUCUGCUGGUGGUGACGGUGUCCCUGAUCUCUAUCAUCAUCAGCCCCCUGAUACUCAGUCCACAGCACUUCAACAUCACACACACGUACGGCAACAACCACACCGUCACUGUCAGCCCCAGCUACACAGGCUUCAACGGCACUACUUUGAAAAACAACCUCGGACCACACUACUCUUUGGACUACAGUACCAACACAAUGAUGUCUUUCGCCACUGUCUUUGCUGUGAUGUUCACCAGCUGCACAGGCAUCAUGGCAGGAGCCAACAUGUCGGGUGAGCUGAAGAACCCCAGUGAGUCAAUACCUAAAGGGACCAUUAUGGCGGUGUCAUACACCUUCACUGUCUACGUGCUUCUCUUCCUGCUGCUGAGCUCCACCUGCGACAGGUUGUUGUUAAUCAAUGAUUACGCAGUGUUUCAGCGUGUGAACGUGUGGCCUCCGUUCGUGACCAUUGGAGUGUACUGCGCGUCUCUCUCAGCUGCUAUGUGCUCCAUGAUAGGUGCUUCUCGAAUCCUCCAUGCGCUUGCUCUGGACCAGCUUUUUGGUCUGCCUCUGGCUCCGGCUACAGUCACGUCCAGCUCUGGGAACCCAUGGGUGUCUGUGCUCUACACCUGGGGUCUGGUGCAGUGUACACUGUUUGCAGGACAGCUGAAUGUGAUAGCUGGUAUUGUGACAGUGUUUUACCUGCUAGCGUAUGCAGCUGUUGAUUUGGCCUGUCUGGCUCUGGAAUGGGCCUCUGCUCCAAACUUCAGGCCAACAUUUCAGUUUUUCUCUUGGCACACAUGUUUGCUGGGUAUUAUAAGCUGUCUGGUAAUGAUGUUCGUAAUAAACCCAGUGUAUUCCUCAGCCAGUAUAGUACUGCUUCUGUUACUUCUUCUGUUCCUGCACUACCGCUCUCCCACCAGCAGCUGGGGCUACAUCAGCCAAGCUCUUAUCUUCCAUCAGGUGAGGAAAUACCUUCUGAUGUUAGACUCCCGUAAGGAUCAUGUCAAGUUCUGGCGGCCUCAGGUCUUGCUGAUGGUGGCAAACCCACGCUCCUCCUGUCAGCUCAUCUGCUUUGUCAACCAGCUGAAGAAAGGAGGGCUGUUUGUCCUUGGGCAUGUGCAGAUUGGAGAUCUGGAUGCAUUGCCAGCAGACCCGGUGCAGCCACAGUAUAAUUUCUGGUUGAGUUUAGUGGAUAAGUUGGGUGUAAAAGCCUUUGUGGAUCUGACUCUCUCUCCGUCUGUCAGGCAAGGCACUCAGCAUCUGCUCCGCAUUACUGGACUAGGAGGCAUGAAGCCUAAUACUCUGGUCCUUGGCUUCUAUGACAACUGCUAUCCAGAAGACUACUUCCUGCAGGACCCAGUCUUUUGUGAGGGUGAUAGGGGUGAGGGGGAUAAUUUCGGUGUGGACCUCCCAUCAUUACAGGCUCAUUUUCCACCGGUGCGCCAUGCUGAGAGCCCUCGUGCUCUGCAGCCUGAGGAGUAUGUGAGCAUCAUCCAAGAUGCCAUAAAAAUGGGCAAGAACAUUUGUUUAGGCCGUUAUUUUUACCAGCUACCACCUGAGACCAAAGGCAUAAAUUAUAUGAGGGCAAAUGACAACAUGGACACCAUUGACGUGUGGCCGACCAACCUGCUCUCCCCAGGCACCGCCAGUUACGCAGAUGUGUCCAGUCUUUUCCUGCUUCAGAUGGCGUGUGUCUUAAACAUGGCCAACAGGUGGCGCCGUGCAAGGUUGCGUAUAUUUGUCUGUGUGGAGUCCGAAUCGGGUGACCAGGGCUGGCUGGCCAAAGAGGAGCAGUUUAGAGAUUUGCUGGGAAAGCUGAGGAUUCGUGCCGCUAUUAAGAUUGUGGCGUGGGAUAACGUGGUGCGCAUGUGUAGGGGGCCGAAGCCUGAGGGUCAGAAAGUGACAGAAGACUUCCUGUGUGCCGCGAAUGCCCUUCUGAGGGAACACAGCUCUACGGCAGCAGUCCGCUUCCUGUAUUUGCCCCACCCUCCCUCCAAUUCCCAGCUGUCACAGCAGUACCUGACACAGCUGGACACGCUGACACGAGACCUGGGCCCGACUCUCUUGAUUCACGGGGUCACGCCGGUGACAUGCACUGAACUCUGAAAAACCGUAACCAAAUUGUUUUUGUAUGAUAGGGGACCUCUGGAAUGUUACUGAGAGUGUAAAACGAGUAUAUUUGAUUACUGAUAUUCUCAAAUGGUGAAUGAUUUUGAGGACCAAACAUCAUAAACUGGUAAAAUAUGUUCUCUUGGUAAACGGAUAGCAGGUGUGUUUUGGGUUAAUGGGUAAAUACUGCCAAUCAUUAUAUAAUGCAUUUAUUUUUGUGUUCUCAAUUUUUUUUUUUUUACGUUAAGUUCAGUGUUGGUGGUGAGUGCUUGCAUAUGUUGCGAUUCAUGUUUGUUUGUGCAAGAUACCGCAUAUGGAAAAAAGUCAUUGAAAGAGGUCUUAAAUGAGAUAUGGUUACAGUUGGCACAGUAAUAGGGCAGAGUGAGUCAGUUUACUCACUUUUUGUUUGUUGUUUAUUAUUGUAAUGCACUCUUGGAGAAUUUUGUUAAUCAUUUCUGCGUUCCUUGAUUAAAAAAAACAGGCCCUUUGCACCCCUUUUGUCCCAGUUAGAGCUUGUGAUCAGUUAAGGACCCCUUAUUUUUGGCCAUGGAAGAAUUACUGUUCUCAACUUUUGCAUUUAGAGCUCUUUCAUUGGAUUUAUGCAUUCAUAGUGUAUUUUCUGUCAUUUUGCCAUUCAUAUAGACAUGUUAUUUAUUAUUAUUACAUUUGUGUUUGUGUAUACAAGUAAGUCUUCUUGUGCACUAGUUUUCGUUCAGUCUGGAUUUCAUAUUGUGUGCCUCAAGAAAUUGCCCUGACUAUUUGCAUUA